GUGGAUACCUACGCUGCUGAAAGUAUCUACAGAGAGGUUAUCUAUUUCGGAGCAGCACAGAAGUUACGCUGAACCGCGAGGAUGUUGUCGCACCUAUCGAAAACGGCCUUUACAUGGGGGAACAUCAAAGGAGAGCAGUAGCCCUUCUGAAGUAACAAGUUGCAAUGUUGCAAGCGGAGGGAGUUCAGCUACUGUGUCUGACAGCUUCUAGUGGGGUUCCACUCUUCACUCGUGGCUCGUCUAAACAGCUCCCUUUCUCAGUUAUUGGCUCGCUGAACGGAGUGCACAUGUUUGGAGGUGGACAGGAUGUGAAGCUGUCAUGCUGCGAGACCGAUCGCGGCGACAGAGUAGUUUGGAGAGUGUUUCGUGACAGCGUGAUGCUCAUUGCAGUCAGUAGCGGUGGGGACAACACGGUCACAGAACUGCAGUUGUGCCGCCUACUGGAGAACACGUGGAACUGUAUGGUGCUAGUGUUGGGCCAGGAGGAAUUGUCCAACGUUCGAAAUGUGGAGCGCCUGAAAAGAGAUUUGCGCUCAUGUUACCGCCUCAUCGAUCGGCUGUUGGACCGAGGCGAUGAUGAGAGUGUCAUGGGGGACCUCACCCACUGUGCCGACUGCCUACUGCCUCAAAACACCAGCCUGCUCCAGGUUGCCCUUGAUGCCUUCACCCAGGCGUCAGAAAGUGAGUUUGGCUGCCUGCUGAUCCGUGGACGUGUUGCUGUGGCCACUGAGAAGUGGUGGCGCCUUGUCUCUCAAGAGGUGGUACUCCUGUCCCUACUGAUGCGCUGUCUGUCCGGCACCACCUCCUGUGACUACCCUGUGUUCCUUCCUGUCGGGAGUCCCACUGUGGCUCACCGCCUCCUCCGCUUCCAGCUUCUGCCGGGGGUAGACGUCUGCACCCUGUGUGGUCCAGCACCAUCACUGCACCACUCCGAGACUGAGCUUGUAGGCCGCUUCUGGUCACCUCUGAUAGACAUUCUACAUGGCUGCCUUGAACAAACGCAGCACAGUCCUGCCCCUUCCAUCUCCCUGCACCCGGACAUACUGGCCCUGCUGCUGAUCAACCGUGAGUCUAGCCGGUCUCUGUCCCUCCCUGGCAGUCAUGCCACUGUGACCCCCGAGGAUGGACCCCCUCCGCCCUCCUCCUCACGCCGCUGGGAGCUGCUGCAGCUCUUCUACACGUUCGCCAUCACACGAUACUUCACCACCGGGGAGGCGACGGCACCAUCCCAGGCUGACCCCCUGCAAGAGGACUUUUCCCAGGGCUUCUCUCACGUGCCCCUGCACUGCUACCUGGUGACAGAGGAGUGCAAAUGCUAUGGCCUCCAGACGCCACAGCAUCAGCUCUUCAUGCUGGUGGCGCUCACCAUGCCCACCUUUGCCCUGCGCUCUGUCGCCACACAGACCCUCACCUCAGUAACCGCAACCUCAGGCUUUUGAUGUAGCACAGCAUCUUAUUAGUGACAUUCAAGGCUGGACUGGCCAUCUGGCCUAGCGGGCAUUUCCCGGUGGGCCCUGCACCCUCGUGUGCCCCUAUUUUCAGAAAUGUAAAAAAAAAUGUGAGUCAGUUCUGCACCACUAAUUAUAAAAGGCCCCUUAAAGCCAAAAGUGCCCGGGCAAUAUUUCUCCCCCAGUCCAGCCCUGGCGACAUUCACUCAGGGCUGCUCCCUCCUGCUCUGACUCAGUGGGUGCAUCCCAAUAUGUGACCUUGCCUCCUCCACUUGCUUCUCGUCAUGAUGACAUCACUGACAACAGCAUUAUAUUUCAAUAUCUUGCAAAAGCUCAAUUGUGGAGUCUUUUUCUCAUUUGCAAUUGGGAUGGUGAAUGAAAAACAGUCCCUCAAAAGUUGUUGUGGCGAGGCUGACAGCUGGGAAACUUUAUCGUUUUCUCCACGGAGGAGGGGCCAGGAGGCGGGACGAGGAGACAAGCACAAGUGGAGGAGGCAAGGACACAUAUUGGGAUGCACCCAGUAGCACAUGUCUCCUCCUCCUCCUCGUGCUGCACUUAUCCUUAGCCGUCUGAUACUAAAGCCUGGUUCAGACUCCUCCUGCAGCUCCAGGAGACGUACUGUCAGCGGGGGUUGGCGGGCGGCAGAUCACGUACCCA